GCUUCUUCUUCUUCUACCUACCUUACCUCGUCUCUUUUCCUCCGGCGAGGAAGCAGCACGUUCACCGGCAGAAAUAUACCUAUCUGGGCAUAUUCCUCUUUCUACGUUUUACCGUCUUCAUCAAGAUGGCAUCACCAACCGAGGUCUCGAUCAAACCAACGAUGGUGAAAAGGCCUAAAAGCUGUAGAUUCACAGCUAGCAAGUUGCUGAUAUGAAAAUCCCGGCUACGGGCUAAGGUUUAGGCAGUUUUGAACGUGUGUAGGUUCCCUUUCUGUUGAUUGGUUAACUAGUUAUUCCAGUACUGGUGUUGCUUCAUUCGCUGCUGUCUGUUUUGAUCCGAAAUUGAUGAUUGCCUGUUUUUUCACAACUGCCAACUGUUGUUUUUUCCAGCACACGACUCCCUUGCAGGUUACUUGGCAAAAGAAAAGUUCUUGAUGGGAUAUCCUUUGUUGUACCAGCCGAGAAAAGUGCGGCAAUUGCUGGAACAAGUGACAGUGGUAAGUCAACCAUAUUCAGAUUGCUGUUCAGGUUCUUUGACACUCAUUCUGGAAGUGUCAGAACAAAUACUUUCUUUAUGCUAGAUUCUGAUUCCAAUAUGAUUAUGACCCUUAGUUAUGUCAUACAUGAUAUCAACCUUGGAGAACUUAUGUUUUGUCUGGGACCAUUAUACUUCGACUUUGACUUGCUUGUUGAAAUCAAUGAUUAUCAAUCCUCUCCACAAAUAAGGAUUGAUGGCCAAGACAUACAGGAUGUCACAUUGGCCGGUCUGUGGAAGUCUAUUGGUGUUGUGCAACAGGAUACCGUAAGUUAAAAACUACAAUUCAGUGUUUCUCUUUUCUCUUUGCUCAUUUUUAUGUAAGUGACAGGUACUCUUCAAUGAUACCAUGUUUUACAAUAUAAGAUAUAGCCGUCUUUCAGCAACAGGAGGAGGCAUGUGUUAAUUCUGAUAUCAAAGCAUUCACUAUUGAUCUCAAUUAUUUUUUCAUCUUAACAUUUGUUCCAUUUAGGUCUAUGAAGCUGCUCAAAGUGCGGCAAUUGAUGACACUAUCAUGAACUUUCCUGAGAAAUAUUCAGCUGUGGUCUAGGAAUGGGGGCUCAAGGGUGAGAAGGUUAAGCAGUGGAGAGAAAAGCGUGUAGCACUAGCUCAUGGCCUCAUGCAUUUUUGAAAGCACCGCCUAUUUUGCUUUGUGACGAAGCUACAAACGCACUUGAUAGAACAACCGAAGCAGUGAUAUUAAAUGCAUUGACAUCAUUAGCAAAUAAAAAAACCUCAAUCUUCAUUGCUCACAGGCUCACAACUGCAAUGGAAUGUGACGAGGUAAGCAUUGUGUUAUAAACGCUAGAGCAACAUGUCUCUUAUAUGGUACUGGUUUUAAAAAUGUAUCCAUAGCAUUCCCUCUCAUGCCCGCAGAUGUGUGCCGUAUAUGGUUCACGUUUGUUUUCUUACACAUUACAUAGGAAGCCACCUGUUUAUUGCAUUGGUAGGCAGAGAACUUUAAACAUUGGAAGGAUUUGUAUGUUUCACUGUCAAAGCAAACUCAUCCUUCCUUGACCACUCAACCAACAAAACGAAGUUUGUUUC